CAGAGGAGCAAUAAUCUUCCUUUACUCUCUUGGAAAUCAGACUUGUGAAUUCCAACAACUGGGAGAGGGAACCAUGCCUUCUUGGGGAAAUAGUUGUGAUCACGACCCCGUUCAGAUCUCAAACUUUUGGUUAUGGAAGCCUCACCACCCACCUUCCCCGCCCCAGGAUGACCUAUCACGCUCCUUCAGGACCUUCAGGCAGGGCGUUUCCGACUUAAGCUAUUCUGCCUACAUCUAGCUUAGUGCAGAGGACACACCAACUCUGAAGAGUGUGUGCAAGGCAAGCUCAGCACCAUUGGACUUGAAGAUGGCCCCUUUUCAGACCAAUAAGGAACUGAUUUCUGAAGGAAUAAAGCAAUUCAAUGUUCUGCUGGGUCAGCAGGUCUUUGAUGACCCUCUUAUCCCUGAAGAAAACAUGGUGACUGUGGUGAAUGACUGGGUGAACUUGUACAUCAACUAUUACAAGCCCCUCGUGUUUGGGAAGCAGCAGGAACAAGACAAGGCUCUGCAGGAACUCCAGCAAGAGCUGAAUACUUUGGGCAGCCAGUUUUUGACCAAAUACAGGACCAUUCUGAAGUCCCGAGAUCCCCCGAACAGUAAACUGCCUUCCUCAUAGCCAAAAGGCUCACUGCAUCACAUCUCAGAACCCUGAAGUCUUGAUCCUGGGUUAUGUCUUCAGGCUGUUGUCCCAUGGCCUUGCUGUACCUUGACAUCUCAAUAAAGACCAAUACUAAUUUGUUGA